AUGAUGUACGGUAUCACCGCCCACUACAAGCUCAUCACCCGUUUCAGCUUCUGGUAUACCCCUGCGCAUCGAGCUGGGAGGCUACAUGAGUUCCUGGAAGCCUGUGUGGAUAGGUUCCACACAGACUUCCCUGAGCCCGACGACGGCGAUCCUCCGUACUUGCUCGCCCAGAGGAGGGCGAUCAAAGCCGACUUUAUCCAUAAAGACAUCGUUUGGGCGUCACACUCGCGAAGAGGGGUGGAGCCGGACAUCACAUGGGAGGAAGCAUUCGCGCUCGACGCCGAGCAGUGGGAAGCAUGUUUGGCAGCGCUUGAGAAGAGACACGCCGCUGCUCCACCCCGCAUGCCCGGAUACACAGAUGUGGCGGGACAUUCCUACCACAACCUGUCGCUCAUGGAUAAGGCGCGUGUAUGGCGCCGACUCGCUGAGAUUAAGCAGAAGCGGGGCUAUACCUCUUCGUCGCGCCCCUCCUCUUCCACCUCCGCCGCCGCCACCAAAAUCGACAAGAGGAGAAGGCCCAAGUCCAAGAAACUCAAGGUCGGAGAUAAGACUCCCAACGGUGUGGUUCUCGUUGUGGACUCAUCAGACUCCGAGGGUGAGGUGGAGGUUACGGGCUUCAAAAAGGCUGAGCCCAUCGAUCCUUUAAUCUGUGUGUACAACUCUGAUGGAGAUGAGGUGGGGAAGGCUCAACGAGUUCCCGUUUAUAACUCGGAGGGUGAGGAGAUCGACGCGGUUGCGGGGCCUCUUAGGGUUGAGGGUUGA